AAAAUAUACGUAUAUUAAUGAUAUAUCACUUAUCUCUAUAUAAAAAACACUAUAUAGAGAUAAUGGCUAUAUCACUAAUAUUCGUAUAUUUUGAAAUGUAUUAAAAUUAAAUUUUAAGUUCCUGUGCAAGUAUCAACUAUACAUGUACGUUAGUGUGAUUUGUUAUACUAUGUCAUUAUAUUGUUAUACGCUAGGAUAGUUUUUAUAUUUACAUGCUAAUGUAAAAAUCAUUCAUUUGAAUUAUACUUAAUCUUCGGGUUGUAAGAUGAAUAUUGAUACACAGCCCGUUAGUAAAGACGUUGAAUUCACGCAAAUUGAACACAGGAAGCAAGAAAACGGGCACAACCAUGCUGCUUACAACAGUAGUAAAAACGUUGAAUUCACGCAAAAUGAACACAGGAAGCAAGAAAACAGGCACCACCAUGCUGCUUACAACAGUAGUAAAAACGUUGAAUUCACGCAAAAUGAACACAGGAAGCAAGAAAACAGGCACAACCAUGCUGCUUACAACAGUAGUAACAACGUAGAAUUCACGCAAAAUGAACACAGGGAGCAAGAAAACAGGCACAACCAUGCUGCUUACAGAGGUAGCGAGGACGAAGGCACUGUAUGUCUUUCUUGCUUUUGUUGCCGUUGUGUGUCUAUCAGUGGCGAUUCUAAUGGAGACAGAACAAGUGAUGGUGACUGUGAAAUAUGUGAUUGCAGUAAUUGCGACUGUGGGGGAUGUGAUUGUGGGGGAUGUGAUUGCGGGGGGUGUGAUUGCGGGGGAUGUGAUUGUGGGGGAUGUGAUUGCGGGGGAUGUGACUCCGGGGUAUGUGACUGCGUGGCAUGUGUCUGCGGGGUAUGUGACUGCGUGAAAUGUGUCUGCGAGAUCUUCAACUGUACGAUUUUAUAACUUUUGAAACAUCUUCUACUCCAGUCUUAACAUGAUACAAACAUUUUGCACAAUAACAUACAACGCCCACAUCGAUGAAUUCAAACUGAAAAAACACUGUACAGUUAUAUUUUCGGAUAAAAUCAAGUACUUAUCAAAUCAAGUGCAUUUCAUAUGAUAGUACAAUUUUAUGUAAGAUUAAUUAUAAGAUAAAACUUGAUUGAGGAACUAUUCGCGAGGUUGACAAUACACAGAGACACAAUAUAGAUAUAUACAAAUAGACAUGGUCAUCUAGGAUUAUUUUGAAAGUCUCAUCAAACAAAAUCUGUUCUGUUCUGUUCUGUACCUGCAGAGGUCUGUUUUAACAAUGAUGAGGAUAAAUACCGACCUCAUCAUGCAUACGAGUUGGAGCAUUUACAAUUACGCCAUUUAUGCAGGACAAGUUAAAAAUGAAACAUUUUAUCGAGAAUGUCGCGGGAAAAUAAUUAAGGUUUAUAAACUCAGGAAUAUAAAAUCAUAUCAAACACUUAGGAGAACAGGAACAGCAUAAUUAUGAUCAAACUUCCAAUUGUGAUUAACCUCUUGCAAAUGUUUUCUUAUAUU